AUGACGAUGCGACCAUCGCCAUUGCUCUCGAACCUUCUCACGACGCGAACGAUCCUUCGAGCCCCACGACCUUGCAUCGUAGCCAAAUGGCUCCGGUCAAGACAUCUCUCCACGGCUCCGAUCUCAAAUCAAGACGCCGUUCCUCUACGGAAACAUCUCAAAGACGAAGCUAAGAGGAAGAAAGCCGAUGCGAAGAAAGAUGGAACAAACAAGAAAGCGAAAGUGGACCCGAGACAAGAGAAAUGGGAGCUCACAGUCGGCAUUGAAAUCCAUGCGGAGCUGAAUACUGCCAACAAGCUCUUUUCGCCCGCGCCUGCGGACGCUUCGGAAGGGAACGAUGUCGCCAACAGUCGAGUUGCGAUGUUCGACGCUGCGAUACCAGGAACUCAACCACAGUUCCAACCCGCGACACUCUUGCCAGCCUUGAGAGCAGCGAUUGCUCUUGGCUGCGACAUUCAACGUCAAAGCGGAUGGGAUAGGAAGCACUACUUUCACUGGGACCAACCACAAGGAUAUCAAAUCACACAAUACUACCGCCCCUUCGCACUCAACGGAUCGAUCGAAGUCACAGCCGAAGACGGCGUGCCAAUAGCAGACUUGAACGGUGCGGAGAGCCUCACCAUCGGCAUCAAGCAAGUCCAGAUGGAGCAAGACACGGCAAAGACCACGGGCUUUGGUGCUUCAACUUACCACAUUGACCUGAAUCGCGCCGGACAUCCUUUGAUUGAGAUUAUCACUCUGCCACAUAUCCACUCCCCUAAGACCGCUGCGGCGGUGGUCCGAAAAAUCGCCGCCAUCAUUAGAAGUGUUGACGCAUGUGUAGCUGGGAUGGAACUCGGUGGGUUGCGAGCAGAUGUCAAUGUAUCUGUUCGCGAGCGUGGAACGAGCGGGAUAUGUUCAUACAGCGGGGUGGGAGGCCUAGGUCAACGCACAGAGAUCAAGAAUCUGUCUUCGUUCAAAGCAGUAGAAGACGCCAUCGUCGCAGAAAGGGAUCGCCAAAUUGAAGUCUUGGAAGCAGGCGGCAUCAUCCUGGGCGAAACUCGAGGUUGGACCUUAGGCGCUAAAGAGACGACGAGGCUGAGAGGAAAGGAAGGCGAGGUCGACUAUCGCUACAUGCCUGAUGCGGAUCUUCCUCCCUUAUUCAUCGGCGCGGACCUCGUCCAGCACCUCUCGGACACCCUGCCCGAACUGCCUGACUCUACUGUAUCUCGACUACAGCAGGACUACGGUCUCACCUCCAAAGACGCUCGAACGCUCGUCUCGCUCGACGAUGGCGAUCGCUUGGAAUUUCUCGAAGAGACUAUAGUCCUGAUCCAGGAUUCUUCCACUGACAUCGACCCUUCCAAAGUUCCGCGUACAGCGGCGAACUGGGUCCUGCACGAACUAGGCGGGCUGCUCGGUCCGUCAUCUACCUGGUCCGAAGACAUGUCCAUCACGUCCGCCGAGCUCGCCGACAUUCUGACGCGCCUGCUGACGAAACGCAUCAACGCGCGCGCCGGCAAGAGUCUUGUGUCCAUCCUCUUCUCCCAUCCAUCGUCCGAUCCAUCUCGGCCGACAGUGGUGGAUCUAAUUGAGCAAAACAACCUCCUUCUCCGACCAUUGACGAGUGAAGAGUACGUUGCCCUUGCGAAGGAGAUUCUGGCGGAGAACGAUGGCGUUGUGGAGAUGGUCAGAAAGGACGCGAAGAAGGGAAAGGAGGGCAAGUUGAUGUAUCUAGUGGGACAGAUGGUUAGGAAAGGAGAGGAAGGCACGGUGGAGCCUGAAAGGGCGAAGGAGGUUCUCGGGGAGUUGAUCAGAGGAUAG